UUAAAAAUAAUAAUUACGAGUGUAAGAUAAAAUAAUGUUUUUAAAAAUAUUAAAGUUACAAACUCUUCUACUUGUGGUGUUUUUCGCUUGUUAUUUAAUUACCAAUGGUGCAGCAGAAAAAAACAAUGGCAAGUCCAAUGCAAUAGAGAGAACCAAUGUUGGACUUGUCUUUGAGCACACACUAAAGGAUUUGGAGAAAGUUUUUCACUUAGCCGUCGAGAAGGCCAACGAGAAUAAUGAGGACUUGAAGUUGCAUGGCGUUACGACAAGUAUAGAACCGGGUAAUGCAUUUGACACAUCGAAAAAGCUAUGUAAAAUGUUAAAGCAUAAUCUUGUUGCCGUUGUCGGACCAACAACCACAUUUGCAGCCAAACAUGCCAUGAGCAUUUGUGAUGCGAAAGAAUUGCCAUUCAUAGACACCCGCUGGGAUUUCAAUGCACAACUGCCCACCAUCAACCUGCAUCCGGAUCCGUCACAGUUGGCAAUCGCACUAAAGGAUUUAGUAGUUGGUUUGGAAUGGACUAGCUUUACCAUCAUAUACGAAACGGGCGAGUUCCUCGCGACCGUUAAGGAACUGUUGCAAAUGUAUGGUACUUCCGGACCAACAGUCACAGUGCGUCGGUAUGAGCUUGACCUCAAUGGCGAUUAUCGAAAUGUAUUGCGUCGCAUCAAGUAUUCUGGUGAAACUUCAUUCGUGGUUGUUGGUGCAGUGGACACACUCCCUGAAUUAUUCAAACAGGCACAACAAGUUGGUUUGAUGACUGGUGAUUACAGAUAUAUCGUUGGAAAUUUAGACUUUCAAACUAUGGACUUGGAACCGUUUCAGCAUGGUGAUACAAAUAUCACAAGUUUCCGUUUGAUAUCACCAGAAAAUGAUAAUGUUUUUGAAGUUUCUAAAGCUUUAUAUGAUGCGGAAGACCCUUAUCAAAAUGUGUCAUGUCCUUUGACAGUCAACAUGGCUUUGGUGUACGAUGGCGUACAACUUUUGGCAGAGACAUUUCAGCAUGUGAUAUUCCGUGCGGUACCGUUAAACUGCAACGACGACAGCACUUGGGAUAAGGGAUACACGCUUGUCAACUACAUGAAAUCGUUCAAUAUACAAGGACUUUCGGGUGAAAUUAAAUUGGAUAAUCAAGGUCUACGUACUGAAUUCGCACUGGAAGUUGUUGAAUUAACAGUUUCUGGACUACAGAAAAUUGGUACUUGGACAACUAAUGACGGAUUUAGUAUAAAUCGUCCAGCACCUCGUAUAGUUGUGGAACAAGAUCAACGUUCUCUGGUAAACAAAAGUUUUGUGGUCAUAACAGCAAUUAGUGAACCAUAUGGCAUGUUGAAGGAUACAGCAGAGAAACUUGAAGGCAAUGAUCAAUACGAAGGCUUUGGUAUUGAAUUAAUUGAAGAACUAAGCAAGAAAUUGGGUUUUAGUUAUACAUUUCGCAUACAAGAGGAUAACAAAUAUGGCAAUCUUGAUCAAAUCACUAAAACAUGGAAUGGCAUGAUUCUUGAAAUAAUUGAAAAGCGCGCCGAUAUGGGUAUCACCGAUCUUACUAUGACUUCGGAUCGGGAAAGUGGUGUUGAUUUCACAAUACCUUUUAUGAAUCUAGGUAUAGCUAUUCUCUUCCGUAAACCAAUGAAGGAGCCACCACAACUAUUCUCAUUCAUGUCACCAUUUUCUGGUGCAGUAUGGAUGUGGCUAGGUAUAGCCUAUGUAAGUGUGUCCGUAAGUAUGUUUGUAUUGAGUCGCAUAUCACCAACCGAAUGGGAUAAUCCAUAUCCAUGCAUUGAAGAACCAACAGAACUUGAAAAUCAAUUCAGUUUUGUGAAUUGCUUCUGGUUUUCCAUCGGCGCACUAUUGCAACAAGGCACUGAAUUAGCACCCAAAGGAUUAUCGACGCGUGCUGUCGCCUCAGCUUGGUGGUUCUUUACAUUGAUUUUGGUCUCAUCGUAUACAGCCAAUUUGGCUGCCUUUCUUACAAUCGAAUCGUUAAGCAGUCCCAUUAAUAAUGUAGAAGAUUUAGCGGAAAAUAAAGGUGGCGUAAAAUAUGGCGCCAAAGUUGGUGGCAGCACAUACACAUUUUUCCAGGAUGCUCAGUACCCUACGUAUCAGCGUAUGUUCGCGUAUAUGAAAGAGCAUCCAGAACUUAUGACUUCGACAAAUAACGAAGGCGUCCAACGUGUUGAGAAUGAUAAUUAUGCAUUUUUAAUGGAGUCCACAACUGUUGAAUAUAAUACGGAACGACGCUGCAAGGUAACACAAGUGGGCGCAUUGUUGGAUGAGAAAGGAUACGGUAUUGCAAUGAGAAAAAAUUGGCCUUAUCGGGAUUUGCUCAGUCAAGCUAUUCUGGAAUUGCAGGAACAAGGUGUUCUAUCCAAAAUGAAGACAAAGUGGUGGCAGGAGAAACGUGGUGGUGGUGCCUGUACGGAUACGAAAGGUGAAAGCAGUGCACUCGCCUUAGAAAUAAGUAAUUUGGGUGGUGUCUAUUUGGUGUUAAUUGUUGGUUCCAUAUUUGGAAUAUUUGUUGCAAUUUUGGAAAUGUUACUGGGUAUAAAACAACGUUGUGAUGAGUAUAAGGUAUCCUUCAAAGCUGAACUUAUGGAUGAAAUACGUUUCAUACUGCGAUGUUCGGUCAAUGAGAAACCCGUUAAGUAUCCUAAGAAUUCUAGUCGCAGCUCAAGUUCAAGCAGCAAAUCGAAACACCGCUCUACUUCUAGUUCAGUGGACUCAUUGCCAACGGAACACUUGGAGGAGCACAAGAAGCACAGCGUUGCCGAGCAGGGCAAGCUUGCGAAACUCAAAUAAAUUUCAAAUAUUAAAAAUGUGAAA